AAUCCGUUCUGUAGCCAUUCAAACGAGUCUGGUCCCGGCAGCUUAUCACAGGCUGCAACGCUCCGCUGGUUUGGCUAAAGCCGAAACGUCAACACUUCAUCGCAGAGUAACUCUUGGAAUGUGUUGCAGAUUUACGUGCAGCGAUGCAGACGGAGCGUCAGAGGGUGGAGCCUUCUUCUGGGCUGAUGGUGAUUAGAUGAUGGAGGACAUAGAUGUGUGUCAUCUUGUCGUUUCCUCACACGGUGGAGCCCAUGAUUGCCCACAGUCUGAAUGUCUGAACUGCACCAGCUUUAAUGACAUGAGCAGCAGAAUAAACGCCCUCGAAUCGAAGAUCAAACAGCUAGAGAAGGGGCGCUCGUCGGUGCCGGGGGUCCACAAAGUACCGGAGGGCUCGACAGAAAACGAGGUGGACACACCUCAGCCCACUCCGCCUCCGUACCUGCCUCCAGCAGCAGGACCCAGGGGCCUCCCAGGACCUAUCGGACCUCCAGGGCUUCCAGGUCCUCCUGGGAGAGCGGGCUUUCCAGGACCUGUCGGACUGAAAGGGGACAGAGGUUUACCGGGAGAGAUCGGCCUUCCUGGUCUUCCCGGUCCUCCUGGUCCACCGAGUCCUUCUGUGGCGGAUUCUUCUCCUGUCCGGAUCCGAGGUGACGUUUUUCAUCUGGGCCAUCAAG